AUGUCUGAUCCCGCGUCAAAACGAAGGCUUUAUCGUCAGCCACCAAUCACAAUGCGCGUCGCCCUCUUCGUCCUCGCUUUCGCCGCUGUGUUCGUCCUCGCCAGCCCCAGUGGCGACAAGAAGAAGUCCAGGAAGCCCAAGGCUGCUGCUGCUGCUGCUCCUGCUGUUCCCGCUGAGGAGCCCGCUCCUGUCGAUGGAGGCGAUGCCCCUGCUGCCUAA